UAUUCACUCUGAGCUCUGAAAACCUUUAGAAAGAAUCCUGCUAUUGCAUGUCAGACUGAGAGUUUGUUUUUAUGUUAGGUUUUGGAACUGUAGGAACCAGAGCAUUAGACCUUAUCAAAGAUCUGCUCCCUUCCUUUCUCCGUUGCUUCCUUAAAUCAGACCUCAGUGAACAGCAUGACAGAUGCUCCUGUGACACUCAGCGGGACAGAGUGCAAUGGGGACAGACUACCUGAGAAUGGCCAACAGCCUAGCUGUCAAACCAGGAAGGAGACAGCUGAUGCAGAUGAGACCCAGCCAUACUACAGGGCUGAACCCAGUCUUGAAGAUUUACCUAUAAAAGAAAAUCAAGAAGAAAAUGGAAACACUAAAGUGAACAUACUACCCAAAAGGUCUGAAGAUGAGAAGAUUAUUAAUGAAAACCCAGAAGAGAACCUCUUCGUUGUUCACCAGGCCAUUAAAAAUCUUUCUUUCCAAGAAACAAGUGCAGAAGACAAGGCUUUCCUAGAAGGGCAUCCAUGGAAGAAGAUUCCUCUGAACAGCAGUAACCUGGAAGUGAGUAGACAGAAGGAAAGACUUGUCCACCAGCAUCUAGAGCAGAGAGAAGAUGAAAGCACAGCCCAACAGGCCACUGAAAUUGAAUGGCUGGGGUUCCAGAAAUCUAGUCAAGUUGAUAUCUUGCAUUCUAAAUGUGACGAGGAGGAAGAAGAAGUGUGGGAUGAAGAGAUCAAUGAGGAAGAUGCUGAUGAGUGUGCUGAGGAGGAAGAUGAAGUCCGCGUAAUAGAAUUUAAGAGAAAACACAGAGAAGGUUCUCCACCAAAAGAGGAAAGCCUUGCAAGGGAGGACUCCCCACUAAGCAGCCCCAGCUCCCAACCAGGGACCCCCGAUGAGCAGCCAGUGUUCGGAAAGAAGGGAGAUAUCGCCAGGAAUUCUUAUUCCAGAUACAACACAAUAUCCUAUCGGAAAAUCAGGAAAGGCAACACCAAACAGAGAAUUGAUGAGUUUGAGUCAAUGAUGCACUUAUAAACUAACGGGGAGUGGGGAGCAUUAAAGAAAAGCUAACUUCUAACUUCCUUCCGCUGAGAUGUCUUCCGCUGCCUUAUCUGCAAGACGUGCACGCUUAUUGUCUUUUUCACCAUAAAGCAACGUAGAAAUAACCAUAGACAAAACUCAUUCUGGUAACUUCAAACCAACAAGCUUUAGAUUCAUUCUUGGGUUUUUGCUUUUAAAAACAAAAAAGGGUUAACUAAUGUAGCAUCAGGUAAACAUUGUUACAGAGCCAAGCCUGGUAGGAUUUGUCUUUAGAAGUAGAAAUAGCAAGAGAGCUAAGUCAAGUGAAGGAGAACAGUAGCAGUGACUCUCAUAAUUCUCUUGGUGUUUUUUUUUUUUUUUUUCCCCUUUAGGCCAAUAAGAAGCUUAAAAUUAAACCCCACAUCCAUUAAACAUGGUUUUUAUAGAUUCUGGCUUUUUCCCCUUACUUUUCUAAUUAUUGUAAAAAAAAAAAAAAAAACAACAAAAAAGAAAACAAAACAAAAAAAACAAAAAACUAUUGUAUCUUAAAUCAGUUUCCUUGGCAUUUACUGAGUAAAAAUUCAGCAGAUCUCCUUUUUAGGUACAACUGUCCCGUGACUUUCCUCACUAAAAGGGUAAGCAAUUAUCAGUCAGAAUUCUGUUUGCUGAGUGCCCAGUGCCUGGCUUUAUGCUUUCAACGUGAAUCAAAUCCAUUGUGAAGUUGAUCCAGAGAGAGCCGAGAUGACUGGUGAGCCAUAGAGAAUGUAUUGGAUGGUUUUAUUUUGGUUACUGCAAACAAAGUCUUGUCUAGCACAAUGAAAAUCAUUAAAAAUAAAAAAUGGCAAUUUCAGCACAAUUUUAAGAAAAUGCCCUACUUCAUCAUGGCACUUUCUUGUGUUAGCAGUAUCUUAAAACUGUUUUUAUUUUUCUUAGAAAUGAGAGACACUGGAAGUCAUAACUGUAGUAGUUACUAUGAAAGUGGAAAAAUAAUUAUCUUAGACUAUUUUAGAAGUAGGGUGUGAACACAUAUUUUUAGGGAAAAAGCUGAUAGUCAUAUGGAAUAUAUAAUUUAUUGGACCAAAGCCCAAAUCAGGAAGCUUAAAACUGCACCUGUGGAGUGUCACCCGAGCCGACAUGUCAAAUAAUGCAUUGAAUAUUUAUAACAAGAGUAUAUUUGUAUCCUCAGAUAGUUUAUUACACAAAUUUUCAUUUUGUGAUUCUGUAUAUAUUGCCCUGAACUUUCUGUGACCAUAGAUAAAAAUAUCUUUUGGUUCCAAAUAGAAAGACAAUUCCUUAUUGUCUGACUGUAAUACAGCCUCUAUUGUGCUAUUCAUCCCCUUGUUUGCUUCAUUCUCAGUCUGCGUAAAAACCUGGGUUAGGCCCCUUAGACGAUUGCUUAUUUAUGUGUAACAAAUCCCACACAUUCCCAUGGCAACUUCCUUAAUUCUUCCCGGUCAUAUAAUAUAUAUCCAUAGUAUCGUAUACUAUUAAGGAGUAUUUAAAAGUCUCAAGUUUGAAUUAAUAUGCUUCUUUUAUUCAUCAAAGCAAUCCUUUAAAACCUGACCAUGUAAAAGAUCUGUUACCCUUAGAGUGUUGAGCCUGCUGGUUUCAUUUAGGAUAAAUGUGUGUUUUCUGAAUAAAAUGAGAGAAAUGUUGUCUUUAUUGAUAAAGUUGGCUAGGAGACUGAUGGACUGGCACAGUUUCCUGUUUUAAUUUAGAGCCUUUGACUCUUCUAUAGAGACAACCUGUGUGCUUUCCUAGAUUCCUGAUGAGUUCUGCCAUUUUCUAUUUAACUUCAAAGCCCAAUUUUAAGUAACAGGACUACAUUGUUGGUCUACCCAUGUGACAGUUGGUUUGUUAGAUGGAGGUGAUGCAUUACUAUGGUGCUUACAUGAGAUGGGUAGUAUAUAGUUAAAGGCAUGACACAGUACUUAGUUUCUAUGGUACUCCAUAACCUCGGAUCUUUUUUCUGCUGGGUCCUUUUACCACAAAAUUAACCAUUUAUGAAUCAUUCUGUCCACAAAGACUGUUUUAAAGUAUGUCCAACUGGGAUUGGAUUUAUGCUUAUGGACAAAGCAAAGCAGCAUCAGGAGAGCAUUGGUAAUAUUCUUCAGUGUCAUUAUACUUUGCUGUAUCCUAUCACAGUACAGCAGGGCCAGAGUUAACACCUGGAUAACAUGGUGGUGGUAGGUGAAUAUUUGGGUCUGUGAAAUCUGAAAAAUAAAAAGGUCUUGUUCAGAUUGCAUGAAGCAUAUUAAUAUAUUUUAAGCUCAUCUGGGUCACUCUUGAUUGGUACCCACUCAUGAAGAUUUAGCUGAGAUUUUGUGAGUCAAGGUUCAGGGGUGGGAGGGAUUCUGUUACCUGAUACCUGAUGGGGAUUAUGUGACUGCUGGCAUGUUUUAGAUGACUUAAUUAUGUUUUGUUGCCAGGUGAACAGGAAUUAACAGUUUUAUGUCUUUGUGAAAAUGAAAUUAACUUUUAUUUUAAUACUAUAUUUAAAGACAUGGAAUUUGUCUGGUUCAUUAUCUAUCUAUCUAUCUAUCUAUCUAUCUAUCUAUCUAUCUAUCUAUCAUCUAUAUAAUAUAUAUAAUAUAUAUCUAGUUACCUGCCUACCUAUCAUCCACCUACAUACUUGCUAUUAAGUGAACUUUCUUGUCUGAUUUCCUUUCAAUAAAAGUUUGUGUUCUUUGUUUCA